AAGAGUAAAUUAUUAUUAUACGCUCUCUGCUGUAUACAAGUUGUUGAUUUGUUUUCAACUGAAUAAUUUCGUGUUUUUAUUUCCUGCAGAGUGUAUUUGCUAUGCAUUAAAAAAAUAUUUUUUCAAUCGAGUGCCUUUUAUUCAAAGCAAUUCCAAUAUGUACAACAAUAAAAUACACCCGAAACUAGUUUCGAUAAGUGUAUUCUCGAUGAUGGAAAUUUGUGGUGACAACACUUCAGCAUUGUCCUUCUUGGAGGAGUUUGGCCUGGUGCCUUCAAAAAAAUCAAUUCCUCCAAAUUGUUGUGGUGUACCAAUGAAGGUGGAAAAUGAUGUUCGAAGAAAGCUGGGUUGGAUGUGGCGGUGUAGGUCAUCUGUAAUAAAAGGCAGUCCCACUAACUGCCGUAAAAUAUUAAACCCUAGCGAUGGAUCGUUUUUCGACGGUAAAUUUUGCCAUAUUUCAAUAGCGGAUGCAUUAGCAAUAUUAUUUUGCUUUGUAAUGGAUGUAAAGAUUAUUUUUGCGCUGAAACAUUUGAAUGCUUAUCGUCAACGCAAAGGUGAUACAACGUCAUUAAGCACGGGUACUAUAACCGACUAUUACAGUCACUGCCGAGAGGUUGCAGAAAUAAUCUCUUCACAUACGGAUCUGGAGCUCGAUAAUUUAGGCAGAAUUGUUUUAUUUGACGAGACAUUUUUAGCAAAGAGAAAAUAUAAUCGAGGACGAUUCAACGAGCAGAUGACUAUCAAUGUAGUGGGUCUAUUUUGUCGCGAGGAUAGAUCUGGACUAUUUUAUAAAGUCAACCAUACAAACAUUAAAAGCUUGUGGCCUUAUAUAGCAGAACUAGUAGACCAUGAGAAACCAAAGAACAGUAUAUAUUCCGACGAAGAACAAAGUGAUAACAGCAUAGAAGAUAACAUUCUAAAAGGGAAAUCAUUAAGAAAUGUUCCAUCAUCUAAAGGGACACCACAGUUAAGCCAUCAAAAUAUGGGUGCAACAUUUUACAGACGCCACUAUUUGGCUAAAUGCGAAUCUGAUGGGGAGAAAAUAAUGACAUUCCUUCAGCAUAUAUGUGAAGUAUAUCCUGGGUAUAAUGAUGGUGUUUUGAAAACCGGUCUAUUCCUAAAGGAAAUAGAUCCCUCAUCGGAAACGGCUCUUCACUCACCCAAGAAGAGAAAAAUUUAAUAAACUAAUAUGAAAAUGUGCUGAAAUAAUGUGGUUAUAAAUUUAGCUUGUAAUAUUUGCUACCUUUUAGAUAGAAUAUAUUUGUGAGUGUGCAAUUGCAUAAAUUUUUAUAUGUAUUAUCUAUAAGCUUUUUUUAUUUUUAUAAUAGUAGCCGUUAU